AUGAGCAAUAGUAGCUACCGGACGUCUUUCGCCAGCAGUCGCUACGGCGAUUCCACAACGAGGUCGUCAACCAACAGUCUCUCGCGGGGUUUCCGGUCAUUUAUGGACGACAUACCACCAGUGCCAUUGGCACCUCUUCGCACAUCCAACCAUGAUACUUCUUUCCCCCGUGAUUCCAGCGUCUCGGUGGUUUCAUCCCGCAUUAGCAAGGAAGAAGCCAGUGGAUUCGACUUCGGUAUUCCCGGAGGCCAAACCCCGACUACCGGACUACGAGAUCUCCCGGAGGAACCCCCUUCGGCCCAAUUCCAGGAUCAUACAGAUUAUACCGCUUUAAACCCCGCCAGCCUCCACCCUGCGACAGCAGCAACAGAGUCAGGCAGCGAUGCGCCAAGGAAAAACUCUAACGCAAGUACGACAAGUGCAUUUUCAGUCACUAGCUUCGCCCGGGCUCUCGGUCUAGAUGACCAAAUGAAUACCUCUGAAAGCUCUGGCUCUGAUACAUCGCCUUCCGAUGCCCGCAGUGGUAGUUCCAUGUCCAGUCUUCCCUCCGAUGGUAGCUUGAGCCGACACAAACCCAGCGAUCCACUCAAUCUAAGCCCUUUGGUUGAAGAACUGCCCGCCCGGACCCGACAGACGAUUGUAGAAGUACCCGGCCGUGUACGAAGCACAAUGGAAGACGUCCCUCCCAUCCCGGCUGCUUUCUUCAGCCCGGAUUCACCUACCGACCCUUCGAUCAACCAAGGUGGUGUGUCAUUGAUUGAGAGGAAAGAAGUACCCCCAACUCCAACCCCAGGACAACCAAAACAAUCUGUCCCCCGAAAGUCUCCACCACAACGCUCAUUCACAGCACCCCUACCACAAGAACAAAAACCGACAACACCAACCCGGUCUGCCACACGUUCGAAGGGGAAUUGUAAGGGCUGCAAUGAGACGAUCACAGGAAAAUCGAUAUCAUCCUCGGACGGCCGUCUCACAGGUCGAUACCACCGAGGCUGUUUCGUUUGCUUCGAGUGCCACUCUCCCUUCCAAACAGCCGAUUUCUACGUCCUCAACAACAGACCCUUCUGCGCGCAACAUUACCACGAGCGCAACGGAUCCCUUUGCGCCGGCUGUCACGCCGGUAUUGAGGGCCAUUACUUGGAGACCGUCGAGCGGAACCCUGCACGCCCAGAACGCCGUCGAUUCCACACCCAGUGUUUGCAGUGCCGUACAUGUCACGUCCUUCUCAAGGGCGACUACUUCGAAUGGAAUGGCGAAGUCUUCUGCGAAAGAGAUGCCCGCCGAGCCGCUGCCGCUUACCACCCACCACCUCCUGGUCCUCCUGGUCCUGGUGGUCGUCGUCGCCCCACCCUACCCUCGUCUCCCCUGGCCAAGUCUGGCCAAUUCCCUCCCGGUCCGUACCCUCCACACGGCGGAAGACCUGGUCCUGGACCUGGGCCUGGACUUCACCCCGGUCCCCGAUUCCCCCCUGGCGGUGGAGGACGGUUCCCCGAACGACGAACUACUAGGCUCAUGAUGAUUUGA